AAAAUCGUUUCGCGGCACGAGCCACGUACCCACUCGGGUACGGUAGAUCCUUGGCCGAAAACCAGCAUCAAGAUAAAGUCAGUGGGAGCUGUACCGCAGGAUGCGCGAGAACAGGUGGUGCUGUUAGUGGUGGAUAACAAUUCGUUGAAGGAACCAGCGAGCGGCGAAAAAGGGGGCCACGAAAACGGCCCCCGAAAGGGCCCGCUGGAUGGUCUAGCCUACGAGCAACCAUCGAGGAGACCUAGCCGGCAAGAGGGCGAGAAUAUUCAAACGACCGAGACGCAGAAUUUCAAUACCGUCUUGGAUUCAGAUCUCGCCGCGGUGGACACCGAGCUGGGAUCGAUCGACGAAUGUAUAGAACUCGAUGAAAGGAUCGGAAGCAAGAAGACAAAACGACCGCAAAGCCCUAUAGUGUCGACGAUCGACAACGACAUACACGGCAAACGUUAUCCAGAGGAACUCAACGGCGCAGCCUUGGAGCUACAAUCGACCGGUAAUAAUUCCGACGCGCGUUUGAAGCGUUCGAGGAAGACGUUGGACGACGACAACGACAACGGCAACGAAGACGAGCAACCGGCGAGGAGAAUCUGCGCGGCGCAUCGCCACAGAGUGUCCUGUCACAUAACACGGACCCACGCGGAACCACCCUGCCGAAGAGACGCAAGUCGAAGCAGACCUUGUCGCGUUCAUGAUCGCCGAAGAAACUGCUCGAGAGGAAAAUCGACGGGGAGACCAGAACACCGACAUCUGAGGUACCACGAUCCGGAGAACGCCAUCAUUCGAUUAGAACAGGAUCCGAUACUUCGUCCGGUGCGUAUUCUCGGUUGUCCUCCCACGGAGGAUCAGGAGAUAGCCUCCUUCCUGGAGCCAGCUGGGCCCAGUUACGUUUACCCGGGCAUCAACGUGGGUCAGUUUGCCGGCGGUGAGCCGCCCUGCUUCGCUCAGCACAAUCCGGACAAUAUUCUGCCGAAGAGCCGCGUCGGCAGCAUCGCCAGACUUCUCGACGGGCCAAAUCGCGCCGUGAAGGACAUCAAUCGCAAGGUCCUGGCGAUGGCGCGAGCCAUGACGCCCGCCUGGUCUCUACGUCUGCUUGGCGUCAGCUGCGGCUCCGUAGUCUGCGCCUGGGGACUUUUGCUGAUAUUAUCCGUGCUCGGUGGCGGCGCCUCGCAUGGCACCGGGAUCGGUGGUUUCGGCCUCGGUAGUAUGACGGGUACAAUGGACGAUUUGAACGGAAUCAGGUGUCCUUGGGCAUGUACGUGCGGCGGACAAGAAGUCGAUUGCUCUCAUCGCGGCCUGACGCAGAUACCUGGGGACCUGGCGAGCUUGCUCAUCGCGGAAAAACUAGACCUUCAAGGAAAUAAUAUCUCGGUGAUAUUCAAAACAGACUUUGAGGAUAUGGCAACGCUUCACGUUUUGUUGCUAUCUAACAAUCAAAUUCACACCAUCGAGAGAGGGGCUUUUCAAGAUUUGGUGGCAGUGGAGAAGCUACGUCUAAAUAACAAUCAAAUACGUCACUUGCCCGAUCUUCUCUUUAGCAAUAUGAUGAACUUAAAACGCCUAGACCUCAGUCACAAUCAGAUUGCCACUAUAGGACCAAAGACGCUCAGAGGAGUGUCCGCUCUUAGACAUUUAUUACUUGACAACAACGUAUUGACCUGCGUAGACGAAGCUUCGAUACGAGAAUUGAAAGAUUUAGAAAUAUUAAUGUUAAACAACAAUAAACUCGUAACGCUCGGCAAGGAGAUGCUGAACGGUUUGUCGCAUUUGCGAACUUUGAAGCUUGCGGACAACGCUCUCGCUUGCGAUUGCCAUUUAGCAUGGUUAUCGCGUCAUUUGAGGAGUUAUCCUCGCCUAGGGCAACACACACGAUGUGCAUCUCCGGCUCAUCUCAAGGAUCGCAAUCUCGCCGAUCUACAGGAGCACGAGUUCAAGUGUUCAGGCCUGGUUGAGCGAACGGGAUCGGAAUGCAGCGCUGAACCUCAGUGCCCGCAUCCUUGUAAAUGCGCUGAUGGGAUCGUCGAUUGCAGGGAGAACUCCUUGACGAAAGUACCAACCCACCUUCCCGAGGAUACCACUGAGUUGCGAUUGGAACAGAAUGGCAUUACGGAAAUUCCACCAAAGGCCUUCUCACCGUAUAGAAAAUUGCGAAGAAUUGACCUGAGUAACAACCAGAUAAAAAAAGUAGCGGCGGACGCUUUUCACGGUUUGAAGUCACUCGAAUCUCUAGUUUUGUAUGGCAACAAAAUCACGGAGCUGCCGGCUGGUCUUUUCCAAGGCUUGACAAAUUUACAAUUGUUGUUGCUGAAUGCCAAUGAGAUAUCAUGCAUACGAACAGACCUGUUCAAAGACUUAACCAGUCUCACCUUGUUGUCUCUAUACGACAACAACAUACGUUCAUUAGCUAAUGGGACUUUUGCAAACCUACGAAGCAUAAAAACAUUACACUUAGCGAGGAAUCCAUUCAUCUGCGAUUGCAAUCUACGAUGGCUGAGCGCGUAUCUUCACGCGCACCCUAUAGAGACAUCCGGUGCUAAAUGCGAAACGCCAAAAAGAGCGCAGAAACGGAAGAUCGAUUCGAUGCGGGACGACAAGUUCAAAUGUAAGGGUGACGAGGAGCUGUUAACAAAAAGGGCCGGCGAGUGUAUUCUGCCUGGUGCCUGUCCCGCGUCCUGUACGUGCAAUGGUGCGACGGUUGAUUGCUCCAACAAGAGAUUAACUGCGAUACCGAAGGAUCUUCCGCUUUAUACAUCGACUCUACUGUUGAGCAACAAUGAACUGGACAAGAUCAAAGCGGAUGGUCUCUUCGAGAAGCUGCCGGAGUUGCAGCAUCUGGACCUCAGAAAGAAUAAAAUCUCUCGCAUCGAGGCGUCCGCCUUUCAAGGGGCUCACAACCUCACCGACCUGCUUCUGUCCGAGAAUAGGCUGCGAGAAGUACACAACAAGAUGUUCUCUGGUCUAUCGAGCCUUAAAACGCUGAAUCUCCAUGGUAAUUCCAUCACGUGUGUUAUGCCGGGAUCGUUUGAAGGAAUGCCACAUAUACGCGCUAUCAACAUGCAAAGUAAUCCGCUAUCAUGCAACUGCUAUCUCGCAUGGUUUGCCGGAUGGCUGAGGAAACGAGAUAUAACUGGAAUCACUGGCCGGUGUCAUGAUCCGCCCCGAUUAAAGGAUGCCAUCAUUAAAGACAUUCCGCACCAUGAGUUUAAGUGCAACAACGACAGCGUGGGUUGCCUAGGCGACGAUUACUGCCCGCCUCAAUGUAAUUGCGCGGGCUCGGUGGUGAGAUGUUCGAGGUCUCAGCUUACAGAGAUUCCGCGCGGGAUUCCACCGGAAACCACCGAGCUGUAUUUGGACGUGAAUGACAUCAAGACGAUCCAGCCGGAGAGGCUGAACCACCUGAGGAUUCUCACCAGACUGGAUCUGAGCAACAACCAGAUCGGAAUGCUGUCCAACGAUACCUUCAGGAAUCUCACGAAGCUGUCGCACCUGAUCAUCAGUUACAAUAAACUGCAGUGCGUGCAGCGAAAUGCCCUCGCGGGAUUGAAAAACCUGCGAAUAAUUUCACUGCACGGCAACGAUAUAUCGAUUAUCCCAGAGGGAGCUUUCGAAGACCUCAAGUCUAUAACGCAUCUCGCCCUAGGGUCCAACCCGCUUUACUGCGACUGCAGCAUGCGAUGGUUGGCCGAAUGGGUGAAGAAAGAUUACGUGGAGCCUGGUAUAGCCAGGUGCAUGGAGCCUCCUGCAAUGAGAGACAAAUUGCUUUUGACGACACCGGCUAGUGCCUUCCAAUGCAAAACCAAGCAACAGCCAGCCGAAGUCUUGGCCAAGUGCGACUUGUGUUACACCUCGCCAUGCGAAAACGGAGGAUUUUGCGAGGCGCUUCCGGACCGGCAGUUCCGUUGCAAGUGCACGCCAGGAUAUCACGGGGACCGGUGUCAGCAUAAAAUUGACGCGUGCUAUGGAAAUCCUUGCAGGAACUCCGGAACUUGCAAAGUAUUGGAGGAAGGAAGAUUCAGUUGCGACUGCGCCCCCGGGUACAAGGGACUUCGAUGCGAGAGCAACGUCGACGACUGUGCCAACAACAGGUGCGCUAAUAACGCGACCUGCAUCGACCUCGUACAGGCCUAUCGAUGCGACUGCGCCCCAGGAUUCAUGGGAGAAUACUGCGAGGAGAAGAUACCCUUUUGCACAAAGGGGCACGACCCCUGUGAGAACGGAGGCCGAUGCGUCGAUCACAAGACCCACUACAGCUGCGAAUGCCCGAUCGGCUUCGCCGGUCUCAAUUGUUCCACAAACCUGGAUGACUGUGUCGAUCAUAUGUGCCAGAACGGUGCUACUUGCAUUGACGGCAUAAAUAAUUAUGAAUGUAAGUGCGCGGCGGAGUAUACAGGGAGAUACUGCGAGGCUGCACCCUCGACAGCCAUGCUGUAUCCACAGACCAGUCCGUGUGCCCACCACGACUGUCAGCACGGUGCCUGCUUCCAGCCAGCUCCUGCCUCCGCCGCGGACUAUCUUUGCCAGUGCCACCCCGGCUAUACCGGAAAACGAUGCGAGUACCUGACGAGUCUGAGCUUCGUGGACAAUAGCUCGCUGGUCGAGCUGGAACCGCUACGCACGAGGCCUGAGGCGAACGUGACCAUCAUAUUCACGACCACGCAGGAAAACGGGGUUCUUCUCUAUGACGGGCAAAGUGACGGGCAUAUCGCCGUCGAGCUCUUUAAUGGGCGGGUCAGGGUUUCGUACGACGUGGGUAAUUAUCCUACCUCGACGAUGUACAGUUACGAGAUGGUGGCCGAUGGCAAGCCUCACAUGGCGGAGCUGCUGGCGAUCAAGAAAAAUUUCACAAUGAGCGUCGAUCGGGGCCCCGCCAGGAGCAUCAUCAACAACGGUCCAAAAGAGUAUCUCAAGCUUGUCACGCCGAUGUUCAUCGGUGGCGUAGCGCCGGAAGUUGCUAAAGCCGCAUUUACCGAGUUUCACCUAAGGAACACUACGAGCUUCCAAGGCUGCAUCUCCGAGAUGUGGAUCAAUCAUAAGUUGGUAGACUUCAGCAAUGCCGCAAAGAUGCAUCGCGUUACUCCCGGAUGUGCUGCUAGCGAGGAGGAGGCCGACGAGGCGAGAGAUAUUGUUGCAGCCGAGGAAAUUAACAAUAGCGGUAGUAAUGAGGAAUCCAUGCCGCAAGAACAUAUACCUCGCGAACAUUCUGAUGUCAUCAUGCCGAUAACUGGAUUGGUGCCUUCACACGCAUGUAUCGGACACGAGUGCAGAAAAGGAUCUCAAUGCAUACCAUUGCCGUUCGGCAACGGUUAUGCUUGCCGAUGUCAAACUGGGUGGCAAGGACGAUACUGCGAGAAAGCACCAACCUGUCGCAAGGAGCAUACAAGGGAGUACUAUAGCGAGAAUGGAUGUCGGAGUCGACGACCCGUGAAACUUGCUAAAUGUUGGGGAAGUUGCGGCAAUUCCUGCUGUUUACCGCGGAAGACUAAACGGCGCAAGGUGCGAUUAAUUUGCACGGACGGCAUGCGAUACACCAAGGACGUUGACCUGGUGCGUAAGUGCACGUGCACCCGCAAAUGUUACUAGCCAGUCGACGCAUCGCGGCCCGAGUCUCGUCGACGCGCGUCGAGACGUGAAACGAGACCGAGAAGAAACCCCCGGAUCCGUAGCAACACUUCCGCUUCUCGUGCUUUCAUGCGGAGAUGACGAAGGGAGCAGCGGCAGCGGGAUGACGAGGACCGAGAAGCUACCACACGUGCCCUCGACAUCCCUACGCGACGUCCCUCCGCGAAACGCAAGGGAGUGCGUGACGAAGUGCAGGCCAAAACGAGAUGGACACACACAUAGCCGGCUCAGUGUGAUAUGUAUUAUUAAAGAGAAAAAAAAAAGAGAGAAAAAGGAAGAGAUGAGAGAAAGUGAGAAAGAGAGAGAGAAAGAAAGAAGAAGCAAGAUUAUAUUGUACGUAUAUAUAUAGCUACGGACUCUAUCGAUAUCUCGAAGCAGUUAUAAACAUAUACUAGGUAUUAUUCGUAUAUAAUGACCCGAUAUAGUUAAUAUAAAGCGAACGAAGGGGGUGACGCAAGCGCGCGCGCGCGGACAAUUGUCCGCACAUUUGCGAUCGCGGACCGCGCACGCGGGCGCUUGCGUAUUCGUAACAUCGCGCACGAGUGCGUGCGAUUACGUCGUUGAUUUAGCGCAGAAUGGACCUAACUGGUAAUAGGGGAUUCGCGGCGGCGUGUAAACAGGCUUCCGUAAUCUUCUUAUAGGAUCUAUACGCACUGCAUUUUGUUUAAUACAUUUCCCCCAAAGGCGAUUAUAAUCUUCUUUAAAGUUCAUAUAAUAUAUUAAUGUAAUCGGGCCGUUUCUUUUAAAAGUCAUCAUUUAAGAAACGUAUUAAUUAUCCCUUAUCAUAAUAAAAUAAAACAAAUUAUUUGCAAAAUAUCUUAAAAAAGAAUUUUCCAAACAAUAUUUGAUAUCUUUAUUUAAAUUAUUCGUGAAAAACACACUAACUAAAUUAAUAUCUGUUGCAUAACCACCACUCUGUAUUUUGAAAAAAAAUUAUAUUCUUAAAAAAUUAAAUUUAAGUUUUUAUAUAAAACUGUUGCAUUCAAUGAAAAUUAUUGAUAAUCGUAAUUCAUUGGAUAAGUUUUGUAUAUCGCGAAGCCUAUAUCCCAUGUUAGGUCUAUCUUUCUUUCAGCGAAUUUUUACACUAAACGCGAAUCUUUGAUCGCAUAGCUAUUUCUACCCACUGAACAAUGGUCUUUGAAUUUUUGCAAAAAAAGAUCUACUAAAAUAGCGAAAGAAAGAGAGAGAGAGAGAGAGAGAGAGAGAGAGAGAGAGAGAAAAAGAAAUGUUUGUGAGAAUGAUGUGAAUGAUUCCAAUACUCUGUUGCUGCAGACUGUUUGGUCUGGCGAUUGAAACAUUUCGCUUGUACAAUACACACGCGAGUAACAUCGUCAUAAUAGCCAAUAAACGAAUCGGAGGCAUUUAAAAAUGACACGAAAAGGCGGCGCGUUUCUUGCCUUUUUCAUAAAUUUAGUUAUAGUGCUGCUAAUUUAGCGUUCCAGCUAUCACUUUAACUGCACAAUCUUUAGCUAGCAUAUUAGACCGUUUGUAAAUGAUACGAUAAUCAGAAAAGCAGUUGUACCAUUAAAAAGCCAUGUAGAGUCACAAGUGUGUGAAUAUUAAAUCACUGAUAAGUGUCUAAAUGUAAAAUAUAUUUUAAGCGUGACAGAGACAUUUAAUUGAAAGUCACGCCGUCAACAUCUUCUUACCUCACCUCACCGACAGCAGCAGUGGGAAUGUAGCUUAAUUUUUGAAAAAGCCAAGAAAUCGUGCCCCGACGAAAUCGCCGAGACGGACUGCAUCGCGAAUUUCGAAGGGCGCGCUUCGAAUUUUUCACUUUACGGCCUAAUAUUACGUUUCGAGAUGCGAGAUGCAGCCUGUAAGUUGCAUGGAGCAACGGAAGAGUCGCACGCGAGCGUUUCGGAUCGAUGAUAGGAAAACGAAUUAUGGAGAAUUUAUGGAGCAAUUUGCGUAUAAACAUUUGGUCAGCCGAUCGCGAGACGAAUGUAAUUAUAUAGUAUCGGUAAAUCAUCGGUAAUUCGAAACGGCGUUCGCCGAUACAAAGCCGCGUAAUUAUUUUUGUAUAAGCGGAUUAUUUAUAUCUAAGCUAAUUUGCUAUUAGUUUAAUCAAGGAGCGUAAUUCGUUCGUAAGCCCCUAUUAAUGUAUGUCGUAUCACGUACCUAUGCUAUAUCUAUUUAUAUCUGUCCCAAUCCCCAGCCUCUCCCAUCCCGGAAAAUUGCGUCGCAUCUUCCACUGCCAGUAUUUAUAUGUAUUUAUUCCGUUUCUUUUUUUUUUUUUUCUAUUUGAUAACAUUUGUGUGUUAAACUAUUUUUUAAACAUAUACCUAGCGAAUAUCUCUCGACGUAUUUCGCUAUCAUUCUUCACGAUUUUGACGCGAUCUUAUCACCUAGCGUGCGCCUCGCGAGAAAGUACCAAUUAUAGAAUUUAUAUAGACAUAGCUUUUGGCCGUUAAACGUUCAACGGUCAUACGAUUGUAGUGUAUCUUUUUCGGAUUUCACUGCCAUUAUACGACUGCCGUGCUUAACAACUGUCAAUGCCAAGUAUUUAUCUGGCCAUAUAUGAGAAAAUGAGAUAAAAAAGUUAUGUAUUGUCUUAAAGACACACAGGAGACAUUUGACAUAUUUUUUUACAUUUUUUUACUUAAUUUCACACUGUAUUAUAGGUAUAUUUAUUUUGAUGCAAAACGAAAGUACACGAAUAAUAAAAGAUUUAUAAGUUGUAUAAACAUGAACGAUAGCAUCCAUCUGUUGAUAGAUAGACAGGACUGUCUUUGCCUUUUCUUUUUUAUAUAACGUAAUGAAAAGGUAGAUGUAUCAUGAUCGUACGAUAUAUUAGAAAAUAUAAUUUGAUAGUGUUAGUAAUCGCAUAAGUUCUCUGUAUCGUUAUGUUUACGAACUACUCGGUUGUCAGUAUUCAGUUAAUACUAAUUCACACAUUUCUAUGAAACAUUUGAAACUGGCGUAUGUCGGACAGAUUUUUGUAACACGAUUCUGUACAUUUGGUCCAACGAAAUAUAAAUAAACAUAUGCAAGCAAG